AUGGAUCAGUUCUUGGUCCGUGGCGAGACCGCCGCCAAUUACCAGCACGAGCGAUGGAGUUCUAGACUAACCAAACGAGUUCUCAACAAGGAGUUUAAAGGAUCCACCAACUACUACGGAAUGAGUCUCACGAAGGGCGAAGUUAUCGACGCCCGUGCUUGCGGUGGCAUCGCGAGAUUCGCGAACCACGGCUGCAACCCUAAUUGUGUGGUCGAGCGCUGGGAGGGCAGUUGA